AUGGAAAUAAAGAAACUUAUGGAUUCGAAAAAAUAUAAACAAACUUUAAAUCUUUUUAAUGAACAAUCUGCAAUUGCAACAAAUUCAACAAUAGUUAUGGCAAUAAAAGCAUGUACUCAAUUACAUGAUUAUAAAACUGGAUUUGAUAUUCAACAAAAACUUUCAUCAAAAUCAUUAAAUGAUCCAUAUAUUCAAACAUCAUUAAUUCAUUUUUAUAUGCAAAAUCAUAAAAUUGAUGAUGCUUAUCGUUUAUUUUCCAAAAUCACCAACAAAUCAAAUCCGAUGUAUGCAGCUAUGUUUAAAGGUUUCAUCACUAAUCGAAUGCCAGAGAAAGCGUUGGAUUUAUUCGAUACAAUGACUAUUGAACCUGAUCAUGUUACUCUUGUUGUUCUACUUAAUGUAUGUGCUCAACUUGCAUCUGAUCGAGCUAAAACAAUUGGAAAAAAACUUCUUCAACAAAUUUCUAACAAUUAUCAAAAUAACAAUAUCGUACUUAAUACAGCAAUACACAUGUUGAUGAAGUUUGGUGAUAUAAAAAGUGCUGAAAAUAUUUUUUAUUCAAUUAAAAAUAAAGAUAAUUUUACUUUUGGUGCUAUGAUGAAAGGAUAUGUUGAAAACGAACAAUAUGAAAAAGUAUUUGAUUUAUAUGAAGAAAUGAAUAUCAAACCAGAUGACAUUAUUUAUAUAAUAGUUUUAAAUGCAUGUGCUGGAUUGUCGAAUUAUCGUGCUAUGAAUAUUGGAAAACAAAUUCUUCAAAAAAUCUGUAAUAAAUGGCAAAAUAACAAGAUUAUAUUAACUUCAGGAAUAGAUAUGCUUAUGAAUUUUGGUAAUGUAAAUGAUGCUGAAAAUCUUUUUCGAUCUAUUCAAAAAAAAGAUAUCAUUGCUUAUGGUGCUAUGAUGAAUGGUUACAAUAUGAAUAAUCAACUAUUAAAAUGUUUUGAACUUUUUGAAGAAUUAAAACAAAAUUUAGUUCCUGAUGAAAUCAUUUUCAAUAUACUUAUUGGUACAUGUGCACAAAUUGGUUUACUUUCAAGAUGUAAAUUUAUAUUUAAUCAAAUUCCUUUACAUAUGCAACAUCAACAACGUAUACAAAAUGCAUUAAUCAAUAUGUGGGGCAAAUCUGGUUCAAUUGAUAAAGCAUAUGAUGUAUUUCAAUCGGUUGCUAGUCCUAAUAUAAUAACACACACAUCUAUGAUUAAUGCAUUUGGACUAAAUGGAAUGGGUUUUGAAGCUGUUAACUUAUAUAAACAAAUUUCUAUUGAUCAAUGUAAUGAUAUUACACAUAUUUGUGUUUUAAAUGCUUGCUCUCACUCGGGACUUCUUAAUCAAGCUCGCAUUAUCUUCAAUAAUAUUCAUAUUAAAACUGAAAAAAUUAUUACUACAAUGAUUGAUUGUCUAAGUCGUUUGUUUUUAUUUGAUGAAGCAGAAAGAUUAAUCGAUGAUUUUGAAAAAUCAAAUCAACCAAAUAUUGUUAUGUAUAUGGCCUUGCUAUCUGGUGCACGUAACCAUGGUAAUAUUCAACUGUCUGAAAAAAUAUAUAAUCGAAUAAAAUCUUUAUUUCCCGAUGAAAAAGAAUGUCUAAUAUCUGGUGCAAUUCUUCUUUCAAAUGUUUAUUCAUCUCGUGGUGAAUUUGAACUAGGAAGAGAUAUUCGAUAUAGGCAUAUAAACAAAUUAAAGCACAAGGUCAAAGUAGGAUUAUCAUGGACUGAAGUAAAUGGUGAAUUAGUGCAAUUUAAAGCUCAUGAUCGUUCUCAUCCAAGGUCAUCAGAAAUCUAUGCUGAACUAGAUCGAUUAUCUUCUGAAUUAAUUCAAUAUGGUCAUAGAUUUGAUUCAAGUUGGAUAACUCGUUCAAUUCAAGAAGAUGAAAGUAUUGAAUCAGUUUUAUGCGGACAUAGUGAGAAAUUAGCAAUUGCAUUUAAUUUCAUUCAACGACCUAUUCCAUCGAUUAUUCAAAUUACUAAAAAUCUUCGUGUCUGUGGUGAUUGUCAUGCAGCUACAAAGUUGAUCGCAAAAAUUCGACAACGUGAUAUUAUUGUUCGUGAUGCUAAUCGUAUUCACCAUUUCUAUUCAAGUGGACAAUGUUCUUGUCAAGAUCAUUUUUAA